AUGGGUUUUACAAUAUUUUACGCAGAGUUUGUUUGUGCAUUGGUCCAAAACCGAGGCUUUGACCCCUCCUCGGGUCGCUUGUCUUCCUCUUCUGGGCGUGUACUUGGGCAGUUGCUGGUGCGACCUUUGGGACAACUGCCCGAUUGCACUGCCGCGUUUUUGUCACACGUGCUGUCCGUGACAAGCAGCGAAAUUAUGGAGGAGAUCCAGAACAAGGAGAACGCUGGAGCCUUCUUUGUUUUGCCUUCACAGAUGAAUGCUGCUGAAUAUCCUGAUUGUGCAGAUAAGGCCAUUGUCACUGACGUCGAUGACUACAGGUACGAUCGCACCGCAGGGCCCCGCGGGCAGCUGGCGGCGCACUUGGCCUGCGCGCAGUUUCUGUUGGACAAUGCCAAGUCAAGCAUACGACCAACUGGGCUGGAUGCACUGUCGCGAUUGCUGCCGGCAUUGCGUAAAGGUGAAGGAUCUUCUGAAGCCAAAGAUUUCUUGAACAAUCUGGAAGUUAAGAAUGGAUACCUCAUGGUGCCUGAGCUCGAAGAUGAUGACGCCAAAAUGGUGCCUGGGAGCAACUGCUGGAAUUUGUUCAUCCGACCCUACAAGGGCAUCUACCAUUUCGAGCGAACCAGCCCAACAGCUGAACAAGAUCUACGCAACUUGAUGAAGUAUGUGGAAGGCCUCUCCGACUACAAAUCCUACAUUGUUGGCUGGAUUCGUCGUGGACAAGAUGGCGCCAUGACAAAGAUGCCUUUGCAUGGAGUCAUCAUGGGUCGAGCACUUCGCACCUUCAAGCCUCCGAACAACACCGUCGGCAAGCUCAUCACUUGGCUGCAAGGUGGAAAACCCUUUUCAGUGCAAGAGCACAAGAACUCCAACCACCUGCGCAUGAAGAAGGUCUCCAACUACUCUCGCGAAGAGAUAUGCAUCAUUUACUUCUACUACUACCUUCCUGGUGGAGAAGCACACUUCGAGCCGAAGCCCAAGAACCAACCAUCAGGACAUCAACCUGUUCCAGUGCAACCACAGCAACCUCAUUCCUUGCCACAACCAGAUGUAGGGGAAAUGGAAACAGACAAUGUCCAGAAGAAGAGGGACACCUCUGAAGCCGGCACCAACAACAACCCUGAGAAGAAGAAGGAGAAGAUUGCCAUGAUGAAGAAGGACAUUGCCUUUCUCCAGACCUACUACAUCAACAACACUCGAAACAAGAUCAUCCUGGAUUUCUCCGAGGACUGGCGACAUGGCUAUGACAUCAUGCUCGCAUCUGUCCGGAACGCCAUGAACCAGGAGUAUCAACAUCGACAACGAACCAGCUCGCAUCUCUUCCAGAUCAGCUACAAGCUCAGCAGUCCUGCCUCAGCUUGCCUCCGCACAGCACAGAUCUUCAAGGUUGACGAGGAGACAGACAAUGUGACGGAGGAGAACAUCACGCCUGAGAUGUGGCCCAAGAUUGAGGAAGCUGACCGAGCUGAGAUUCGACAGUUUGUCGAAGAACGAGCCUUCAAGAAGACCCACGGCGACCAGUUCACAUCAGACAUGGUCAUCAUCGAUGCUCGAUGGGUACGGAAGUGGAAACGAUACCCAGACAAGUCGGUCAAGAUGAAAUCCAGACUUUGUGCUCGGGGCUUCCUGGGCCAGCAGAAGGACCUCCUCACGACUCGUUCCACUACGGCAACACGUUUGUCCCAGAGGCUGCUGAUUUCCCAUGCUGCCAGGAAGAAACAGCACACUGUCGAGAGCAUUGACAUCGCAGGUGCCUUUCUCAAGGGCUUCUCUUUUGCCGAGAUCCAGAAGACCCUGAAGCAGCUUGGAGUUGACGCUCCUCAUCGAGUGGUGGUGAUCUUGCCCCCUUUGAACGUCUUCAGACAUUUGAGUGAAUUGAGCAGCGAUUUUGCUGGCAUGGACGAGGUGACGGCAACCCAGUACGGCCUCUUGUGUGCACGAAGCCAGUCUACGGCCUCAACGAUGCACCUCUUGCUUGGAGAAGGACUCUUCUUUGACCGCGAUGGCAACAACCCAUGUGGACGACAUCGAAAUGACUGGAACUAUACAUCUUGGAUGGAUGGCAUGGCUGACAACAUGGUCAAGCACUUCAAGAAGGUGAGCCGCCAGAAACUUCCUUUCGACCACUGUGGCUGCCGCUAUGAGAGAACCCCUGCCGGGUACAAGAUCCAUCAACGUGACUUUGCGAUGAAACUGAAACUCGUUGCAGUUCCUCAGCGUGAUGAAUCCUCCAAGCUCACCAAGGAAGAGACCUCUACGUUUCGUUCCAUUUUGGGAGCCCUUCUAUGGAUCACUGCAACUCGACUGGACGUGAUCGCUGACGUGUCGGUUCUCCAGAGCCGAGUGACCACUGCAGAAGUCAAGGACAUCAAGCAGGCCAACUCCAUCCUCAUCAAGAUCCGCGACUACGCCGACGUGGGCCUUCACUACCGCAUCAUGGAGAACCCCAAUGUGCGUCUCAUGUGCAUUCACGAUGCAUCAGCAGCAUCAAAGGGCAGAAGCUAUGCACAAGAAGGUCUGAUCAUCGGUUUGGCGGAGGACAAGUUCUACGGCACCAACAUGCCGAACGAGGUGGAGUUCAAGGAUGGCUAUGGAGAAGGCACGGUGGAUCAACAUGGUGGGACACUUCAUGUUCUACAUGCUUCAGGCUCCAAGGCGAAGAGAAUUUCCUACUCUACAAGUCAUGCAGAGCUAAUCCAAGUUCAAGAAGAAGGAGAUCCGCGGCUGCCCAUCGACUUCUACGGCGACUGCCGCGACGUCUUCGAGCUCACCACUGGCUUGCGCACUCUGCCACAGGACAAGUCACAGAGACUGUACAUCCUGAGUCUAAAAGAGUGCCGCCUGUCUGGUCGUAUGCGCCUCUUGACAUUGGUUCCAACACAAUGCAUGACCAUGGGCACGAUGGCUCAAGCGCCCCACGGUGAACCUGUCACCUACGACCUGGCACCGGCCAUGACGUCUUGUUCGGUGCCGAACUACACCACGUACUUUGGGGUCUACGUGAUGAUCUUUGUGGUCGUGGUGAUGUCUCUUUGCUUCGAGCGGUGUGCCCGCGAUUUUGUGGACUACAUCAAGAACAGGCUCUAUGGCAUCCUCUUCCUGAAGACCAAGGUCAAGAUCGAGCUGCCAGACGAUGAUGGACCGCAGCCCAUGGAUGUUGAUGAAGCUGCCGAACUCCGACGGACAGCAAACCAUCGGAAACGACUUUAUGAAGAAGCUUCAGAAGAGCUGGCAGACAAGAAGAGGAGCUGGUCAGUGAGCACCCAUCUCCAACAACGACUGGAUCUGAGCGAGAAGAACCGAGAUGCAGCUUCAGCCGACAGAGAUGAGUGGGAGCUCAAGUCCGACCACUACAAGAAGAAGGCUGACACCUAUGCCGCACAGAUCGAAGAUUUGGAGACGACACUUCGAGGCUACAAGAGAGCCAAUGAUUCAGCCAACGAUGCGGCCAACUACUACAAGGACCAAGUGAAUCAUCACUUGGCCGACCUCAACAGUCAGGUGGAGACGAAUCACCGUCAAUCAGAGGCGGACAAGGCCGAGAUCGAGGAGCUGAAGACCGAGAUCGAGAAGCUGAAGGCCGAGAACAUGGCGCUGAAACAGGCACAAUCAGAAAAGCCAUCUGGCUCAAAAGGGAACAAGACACCUGGCAUCUUUGACAACCAUCCAAAACGACCAUCAUCAACCUCCCCUGAGAAGCUGAUGGCGAUCAUCGACAAGCAGUCCUUUGAGAUGGUGGAGAUGAAGAAGAAGCUGGCAGCUGCUGAGGAGCAUGUCGCUUCGCUGCGACGUGAGAUGCAGCAGGCCUUACCCGAUGUGACCAGCAGACUGAAAGCGCAGCUGUCGAAGCUGCGAACUGUGGCGAUGUGCGAGGUGCCCGCCACAGGCCUGGCGCCCUCCUUGAAAGAAUGGUCCAAAUGUCGACAUCACGUGAAUCUCAUCUAUGCCUCCGCUGUGCCUGUCAAUGCCUACAGCAACACGACCGAGUCGCUGGAGAAUGUGCGCCUGCAACGUGCCGUGGCCUCGUUGCUGCUGCGCGGGGCCUACUUCGGAGCCCUGAAACUGGCCCUGGAGACGGCCAAAAGCAGGUCCAAGCGCAAGAAGAUCUUUUUGCUGCCCCUGGGAGGCGGUGUUUUCAACAACCCAUUCAAGGACAUCGCCAAAGCCAUGGUGGAAGCUUUGCAUAUGGCCAGUGGCUUGUGUCCUGAGGGGGUAAAGCUGGAAGAAGUGCUUGAUAUUCGCGUCCUGACUUGGAAGGGCAAAGCGGAGGAAGCUGAACGUUUUAAGCAUUUGCUCAAAGAGCUGGGGCAGGAUGUGAGUUGA